AUGGGCUGCAUUAAGAGUAAGGAGAACAAAAGCCCAUCCAUUAAAUAUCGAACCGAGAACGUUACCGAGCCGGUCGGUACAAGCGCCAGCCAGUAUGGAGCAGAGCACACUUCAGGGGCACCUUCGUCCUCAACAAAGGGGACAUCUGUUAAUUUGAACAGUCUUUCCAUGACACCAUUUGGAGGAUCCUCAGGGGUGACACCUUUUGGAGGAACAUCUUCCUCGUUUUCAGGGGGGCAAAGUUCAGAUCCUACUGGUUUAACAGGUGGUGUUACUCUAUUUGUGGCCUUAUAUGAUUAUGAAGCUAGAACUACAGAAGACCUCUCCUUUAAGAAGGGUGAAAGAUUUCAAAUAAUUAACAAUACGGAAGGAGACUGGUGGGAAGCAAGAUCAAUUGCUACAGGAAAGAAUGGUUAUAUCCCUAGCAAUUAUGUAGCACCUGCAGAUUCCAUUCAGGCAGAAGAGUGGUAUUUUGGCAAAAUGGGUAGAAAAGAUGCUGAAAGAUCACUUCUGAAUCCUGGGAACCAAUGGGGUAUUUUCUUAGUAAGGGAGAGCGAAACUACUAAAGGAGCUUAUUCCCUCUCUAUUCAUGAUUGGGAUGAGGUCAGGGGUGACAAUGUGAAACACUACAAAAUUAGAAAACUUGACAACGGUGGAUACUAUAUCACAACCAGAGCUCAAUCUGAGACUCUGCAGAAAUCGGUGAAACACUAUACAGAGCACGCGGACGGUUCAUGCCAUAAGUUAACCACUGUGUGUCCAACUGUGAAACCCCAGACUCAAGGUCUAGCGAAAGAUGCUUGGGAAAUCCCCUGAGAAUCCCUGCGACCGGAGGUUAAAUUAGGCCAAGGCUGUUUUGGUGAAGGCUGGAUGGGGACCUGGAAUGGAACCACAAAAGUAGCAAUCAGCACACUAAAGCCAGGUACAAUGAUGCCCGAAGCUUUCCUUCAAGAGGCUCAGAUCAUGAAAAAUUUAAGACACGAUAAAGUUGUGCCCCUCUAUGCCGUUGUUUCGGAAGAGCCGAUUUACAUGGUCACUGAAGUUAUGUCCAAAGGGAGCUUAUUAGAUUUCCUUAAGGAGGGAGAUGGAACGUUUUUGAAGCUCCCACAACUGGUUGCUAUGGCUACACAGAUUGCUGGUGGCAUGGCUUAUAUUGAAAGAAUGAACUACCUUCACCGAGCCCUUCGGGCUGCUAAUAUUCUUGUAGGAGAAAAUCUUGUGUGUAAAAUAGCAGAUUUUGGUUUAGCAAGGUUGAUUGAAGAUGAUGAAUAUACUGCAAGACAAGGUGCAAAGUUUCCAAUCAAAUGGACCGCUCCAGAGGCUGCACUGUAUGGUCGACUUAGAAUAAAAUCUGAUGUGUGGUCGUUUGGAAUUCUUCAGACUGAACUAGUCACGAAGGGCAGAAGAGUGCUCUAUCCCGGUAUGGUGAACCGUGACGUGCUGGAACAGGUGGAACGAGGCUAUAGGAUGCCUUGCCCUCAGGGCUGCCCAGAAUCCCUCCAUGCAUUGAUGCAUCUCUGUUGGAAGAAGGACUCCGAGGAAAGGCCAACAUUUGAGGAUCUUCAGUCCUUCCUGGAAGACUACUUUACUGCUACCGAGCCACAGUAGCAACCAGGAGAAAACCUCUAA